AUGCCACAGACAAGACACUCAACCACCAAUGACGACGAUGUCAGCUCAUACAGAAACUCACUGUAUGCAAGGAGACAUUCCAUUAUGGCACCAGGACAAAGCAAGAAAACAGGAGGACAAGGCAAGAAGAAGAAAACCAAAGCCAGCAGGAAACGGCAUUCUUUGUCCACUGAUACAACAUCCACACAGCACAGUGCCAACCCACCUUCCAAUGAACGGCGAUCCUCUCUCCCGAACAGUGAUACACAAACGGCUAGGCGAAAACUCAAGAACCCUUUCAAGCGAUUGAGAAGGCGACGCUCCAUGAAUGAUGCCAGCCAAAGUCACCAUUACUACGGUGACGGUGAUCAUCCAUCAUGCAGUGAAAGUAUUGGUGUGCUCAUGUGUGUGCUUUCCCUUUGCACAGUUCCUUUUGCACUGCUAGCUGAAGCGACCUUAAAAAAAUAA